AUGUCGGUCAAGUUUGAACGGGACACAUUCCAGCAGACGGCGAAAAAUGUCGUGAACAAUGCGGCUCAGAAUGGUCAGAUCCCCGGCACCAGCGGCAAGCACCCGCUCGCUGAGAAGAUCGGCACUGCUCUGACGGGCGGUGCCGGUGAUGCUGGAACCAAGGGCUACCUCGCUGCCUACAUCAAGCAGCUCGAGUCCAACCCCCUCCGCACCAAGAUGCUCACCGCUGGUGGUCUCGCUGGUCUCCAGGAGCUGCUCGCCUCGUUCCUCGCCAAGGACCGCAACAAGCACGGAAACUACUUUACCUCGCGAGUCCCCAAGAUGGCCGCCUACGGUGCUCUCAUCAGCGCGCCGCUCGGUCACGUCCUCAUCUGGAUGCUGCAAAAGGUCUUCCACAACCGCACCAGCCUCAAGGCCAAGAUUCUGCAAAUCAUCUUCAGCAACCUGGUGAUUGCGCCCAUCCAAAACAGCAUCUACCUGGUCGCCAUGGCCCUCAUCGCCGGUGCCCGCACGUUCCACCAGGUCCGCGCCACGGUCAAGGUCGGUUUCUGGAAGGUCAUGAAAGUUUCGUGGGUCGUCUCGCCGCUGUCCCUGGCCUUUGCCCAGCAGUUCCUGCCCAACCACCUCUGGGUGCCGUUCUUCAACGUCAUCGGUUUCGUCAUUGGUACAUAUGUCAACACCACCACCAAGAAGAAGCGCCUCGCCGCUCUCCGCAAGAAGCACUUUGGCGGCGGUGACGGCCGUAGCAGCAUGGGCCGCCCCGACGACUACCCUCCUCCCGGCAUGGGCGGCUCCAUGGGCGGUCCCAUGGGCCCCAACCCUCCCUACUAA